UCGGACAUCGUCCUCCGCACGCGACGCCGCUCGUCUGUUGCAAAACCGCCCACCAAGUCGAAGAAGGACAAGCAGAAGACGAAGCAGAAGCAGAAACAGGUUGCAGAUGCCGUUCUUGCUACUGCUGGGACUGAGACCGCGGAGCCUGAAUCGAUGCUCGCAGCUGCCCGACCGAUCCCGCUGCUGGUCUGCAGCAUUGGCAAUCCCGGCGCCCAAUAUGCGAACACAUUACACAGUGCCGGACAUACUGUUCUGAAUCGCCUAGCAUCCCACUUGGGCUAUGGGCAAUACACGAAAGAGAAGAUAUGGGGUAAAGGCCUCGUGAGCAGGCCUGCGACGAUUGGCGAUUCGGGCAACUGGGUUCUAUGGCAAAGUACAGAUUACAUGAACGAGAGUGGGAAGGGUGUGAAGGCUGCGUACCAGGCGUGGAAUAAGAAUUUGCCAGACGGGAAUGGUAAACUCGUUGUGGUUCACGAUGAGUUGGAGAAACCGCUUGGUGCUGUCAAUGUCAAAAUACAGCAGGGUCUCAGCGCAAGAGGCCACAAUGGCUUGAAGAGCAUCAUGUCAACAAUUGGGAAUACGCCUUUUGUGAGGAUUGGAAUUGGAAUUGGUCGACCUGUCAGCAGGGAGAGCGAUGAUGUUGCGCGAUAUGUCCUGAAGAAGAUGGACGAGAAAGACAAGGCGGCCGUGGAGGGAUCUGUGGAACAGGUUGUCGCACAGUUGAAAAAGCUGGAAAGUGGAUGAGGCAGUGCUGUGAUGGUGCUUCGUGCAUCGAUAUUAUCCCUACAGCUGAUGUGCCCCCCAGCAAUAGCAGCCUAGACUGCAGCAGCAUCUUUGAAGGCCCACGGUCCUCGCCUGCGGGAUCCCGCCAGCCGGGUGCCUACUGGCUGUGAUGAGAUGGCUAAAGCGCCGCGACUUUUUGUCGUGCCGAGAGAAACCCUCUAAGAUUCGGGUUCGACUGUUCACGGAACGACUCGAAUCACCUGCAACGACCCGAAAAUGACUAAGGUGCAUCUUCUCGUGAGCUUGCGGUGGAUCUCCCUGAGCUUGUAUUAAGCCCACUCUCACGCGAGCUAGUCACUGGGAAUGCCGAA